AUGAUUUAUCGAACGAUUAUAGGUACUCAUGUAGAUUUAGGAAAUAAUAAAAGUGAAAAAUUUUUUGGAAAAGCAGAUACUUUUUUUGCAGUUCCAUUUGUUCAUCCACCAAUAAAUGAUUUACGUUUAAAGCAUUCUAUACCAAUAAAUAAAUUUCCAAAUAAUCCACAAAUAGCUCAAAAACAACCAUCUAUGUGUCCACAAACAUUAAAAAGUGAUAAUUUAACUGUUUCAGAUGGUGAAUCUGAAGAUUGUUUAUAUAUUAAUAUAUUUUCACCUAAUGUUAAUGCAUUAAAAAAAUAUCCAGUAUUUGUUCUUAUACCUGGUGGUGGAUUUAACAGUGGAAGUAUUAAAGAAUGGGGAUAUAAAGGAUUUAUAACAAAUUUUGUUAAUAAUGAUAUUGUUGUUGUUGUAGUACAAUAUAGACUUGGUAUUCAUGGUUUUUUUACUACAUUUACAGAUGAAAUUCCACCAAAUAGAGGUGUAUAUGAUCAAACUAAUGCAUUAAAAUUUGUAAAAAAUUAUAUAUCAGAAUUUGGUGGUGAUCCAAAUAUGAUAACUCUUGCAGGACAUUCUACAGGUGCAGUAUCUGUUACAGCACAAUCUUUAUCACCUUUAGCAAAUAAUUUAUUUGAUAAAUUAAUUAUUAUGUCAGCAGAUAUAAAUUUACAAUUUUCUGGUAAUAUGCCAUUACUAAAUAUUGAUGCAAAUUAUGAAAUUGCUGCUGAUUUAUGUAAUGUAACUAAAUAUGAAUGGGAUAAUUAUCCUAUGGAUUAUAUAAAUAAUUGUAUAAAAAAUACAUCAAUUCAAAAAUUUAUAGAUUAUCAAAAAUGGAAAGGAUACUCUUUUGUAUUAUAUAUUGAUAAAGAUUUUAUUGGUUUUUUACCAGAUAUACCAACAAAUUUAUAUAAAAAUGUACCAUUAAAACCAACUGUAUUAGGAAGUGUUGAUCAAGAAGUUGGAAGAGGUCUUCUUGAUUUAUUUAACUUUGUAAAAUUAUAUUUAAAUAAAAGUGGUUAUGAAAUGGUUUUAAUGUUAAUAUCACAAUUAUUUACUAAUGAUAAUAAUGAUCAAUUUGCUAAACUUCUUUAUAAUUUUAAUGUUCCUUUUCAAACUAAUGAUACAGAUUUAUAUGAAUGGACUAAAAUAGUUGUUGAUACAGCAGGUGGACUUGGAAUAUAUAAUUUUUUAGCAUUACAUAGUAUAAAUUUAUUAAAUAAUGGUAACAAUAAUAUAUAUAUGUAUGAAAAUAGUUAUGUUUAUAAUUAUUGUCCAAAACAAAUUAUUAAUGGUAAAACAUAUAAUCCAUUAUCACAUGCAGAUGACUUUUUUGCAUUAACAAUGCGACCAGAAUUUUUUGAUUCACAAAAUAAUAGUAUUGUUACUGUUGAUGAUAUUAAUAUGGCUCAUAAACUUGGAACUUAUUGGUCAAUUUUUGUAAAAAAUGCUACAUCUUUAAAUGGUUUUUCAAAUCCAUGGAAGUCAAUAACUUCUUCUAAUAAUUUAAAAUAUUUAAAUAUUAAAACAUUAAACAAUGAUCAAAUAUUAGAUAAUUAUCAUAAAAAAGAUUAUCAAUUAUAUGAAAAUAGUUUGUCAGUUGUUUUAGAUCAAUGGCCUUUUGAAGAUAGUCUUUCUAGAAAUAAUAAUGGUAGAAAAUAUCCAAAAUCAACUACUUCAACAUCUUCAACAAAAAAUAUUUUAACAACAACUAUUCAACCAACGGGAAAUCUUUAUGAUCAUUAUCAACCAUGUAAUAGUUCAAUAGUAUUUUCAAUUGCAUCAUCACAAAAUUUUGUCCCAGAAGUAGCUUUUCAGAAACAAAUUAAAAUUUUAUCUGGUAAUGAUAUUAUUCAAACAUAUUGGAAUCAUUUUGAAAGAAUUUCUGUUAUUUCAUAUAAUUCAUAUCCAAAUAUUGUUAUUAAUUUUAAUUCUGUUACAAACAAAAAUGAUUUUAAUAAGAAUUUAUUAAAUAAUAUAGAAAGAGAUAAUGAAGGAAAUAAUAUUUUAAAAUUAUUUAAACUUAUUUCAUCAAAUAAUUUUUUAAAUAAUACAACUGGUUAUAUUAAUCACUUUAUUUUUGUAACAGUAACAGAUUAUAUGGAUUUAAGACAGUCACAACAAUAUUCUACAAUUAUAAAAAAUCAAGGAAGCUUAAAUUUUAUUAUUCUUGGAGAUGAAGCAUCAACAUUUGAUUUAUCAAUACUAAAUCCAGAUGGAAUAUAUCAAAUGAGUUUUGGUUAUUCAGAUUUUUCAGCUUAUUUAGGUUUAAGUAAUUUUGUUUUGUCUAGUAUAAGAUGUUAG